AUAAAUGUAUUUUAUAGCACAUUUUCACCCCCAGGAUUACAGUUUAUAGAAUUAUUUAAUUACAGAUGAUAAAUUAAGAAAAAAAUAAGUUUUCUUUUUCUGAAGGUUUUAAAGGACAAGCUAAGCUUUGUAAGAAAAAUAAAGGACCAUAUAAUCUGCUCUCAUUUGAGAAUCUAAUGAAAAAAGAUACUAGAUGAAGGAAGAUAUUAGUGUAGGCUUUCAAAAAUCACAUUUGUAUAUUUGCUCAGUAAAAAAAAAAAAAGCUAGAUUUUAAAUCAUUCACAAAAAUUACAGAUUGAUACAUCAUGUAAAAGAGCAUUUAAAUCUGAUUUUGUUAUUACUAAUGUUUAAAAUGUGACAUGCUUAAAUUUUAGUUUGGACUCUAUAUGUUUAAUUUCAUUUUGUCUGACUAACAUUUCAAGUAACUAUAAUUAUCUCUCACUUCAUUUAAAAAAAUGUUAUUUCAUGUUUGGUGUCUGUUUUUCUUUGCUCUGUUAUCACUUUCAACUAACAAAAGACUAUUUCCCUUCCAUUCUUAACAGUGGUGGUAGAUUAAUGAAUUUAGAUACAUUCCUAGGUGAAAACUGCUAUCGCAAUUUAAGUGAUUUUUUUUUUCCUUUUCUAUGUUUUGAUUACUUUGGGGGGUACAAAAAUUUAAUUUCCAUGAAGUCCCUCCGUGAGAAAGUUGAUAUUAUGCUACUUUGGUACAGAAUUGGCUUUUGUCAUUUUCCAGGGACCUUUCAUUUCUGUGAUUUCUCCUUCCCUCCCCACCAGGAAAGAAUGCCAUACUUAAGUCACACUGCCUCCAAGACAUCUGAUGCUUUGACACUCUUCCUUAGUACAACUCUGCCAAACCCAAAUCCCUUUUGUAAAACCCUUAUGUUGAUGAUCCACAUGGGGCAGCAGGGAUUACAGGUGCCAUGAAUGAGGGGGGUGGGAUUUGAGCCCUGUUACAGAGGGGUGAUGUUGAGAUGAACUGAUCCUAGUACAGCAGUGUUUUUUAGUAUAAUUGGGGGUAAAAGUGAAAAUAUAGUAAGGAUAUUUCUGUUGAAAAUAAUAUCAAGCAGAAAAAGGGGAGGGGAAACUAUUUUCGGUACCUUAAGAGGCUGGUUAAAAAUUGCUUUGCUGUUGGGGACCAGUGUUAAAGCAUCCUGAUUGCACCAUUGAGGACUCAUAUCUUUUCUAAGUGUUAUCUUUAAUUGGAUUCUAUAAAUUUUCUUUAAAAAUAAUACAGUGGAGCUUCUAUAUCUAACUCUUAUGAUGCUUUUAGGUGUUUUAUUCUGUUGAUGGUUAAUAGCAUGAAAAACUGAUGAGCAGUUUGUGCUCUUGAUUUUGGGAGGGUGGGGGCUUGUUUUGUUUUUAUUUUGAUGGAAUUAUUUAAGCCACUUAAAUGACUGAGGAUUAAGUCUGGCAGGCAACUCUGUAUUUUGUAUUAGACUUCAAAAAUCUUUUCUUCUUCUUCUUCUUCUUUUUUUUUUUAAAUCCAGGAGAAUGCUUUAUUUCAACUUUUAGCUGACUAGAUGCUUAACUUAGUAACAAGUUUAGCCCUUGUAACUGGCUAGCUAAAAGCAAAUCGGCUUGUUUCUCAGAUCUUUGGGGGAUAGCAAGAAACAUUUGAGUGAAUGUUGUUGAAGAUUUUCAGUAGUAUAGAAAAUGAUGGCGCUCUUGUGAUAUUUCAAGCAAGGAUUUGGCACAGACAUCCUAUUUCAUGGCUACCAACAGUCUGCAUCUUACGACCUUCUGUCUUCAGUACAAACCAACAGUGAUAGCUUGUGUGUGCAUUCAUUUGGCUUGCAAAUGGUCCAAUUGGGAGAUUCCUGUGUCAACAGAUGGAAAGCAUUGGUGGGAAUAUGUAGAUCCUACAGUUACUCUAGAAUUACUAGAUGAGCUAACACAUGAGUUUCUACAAAUAUUGGAGAAAACGCCUAGUAGGUUGAAGAGGAUUCGAAACUGGAGGGCUGAUCAGGCGGUUAAUAAGAAACCAAAAGUAGACGGACAAGUAACAAAGACACCACUUCUUGGUUCAUCUCUGGUCCAGAAUUCCAUUUUAGUAGAUAGUGUCACUGGUGUACCUGCAAACCCAAGUUUUCAGAAACCAUCUACUUCUGCAUUCCCUGCACCAGUACCUCUAAAUUCAGGAAAUAUUUCUGUUCCAGAGAGUCAUACAUCUGAUAAUUUGUCAAUGCUAGCCACAGGAAUGCCCGGUACCUCGUAUGGUUUAUCCUCACACAAAGACUGGCCUCAGCAUCAAGAAUCAGCAAGAACAGAUCCAGUGUAUUCACAGAAGCAGGAGGCAUCUCUCUCCAGUAGCCAGUACAACAUCAACUUCCAACAAGGACCUUCUUUGUCACUGCAUUCAGGAUUACAUCACAGACCUGAUAAAAUGUCUGAUCAUUCUUCUGUUAAGCAAGAAUACACUCAUAAAGCAGGGAGCAGUAAACACCAUGGGCCGAUUUCGGCUACUCCUGGAGUCAUUCCUCAAAAAAUGUCUUUAGAUAAAUACAGAGAAAAACGCAAGCUAGAAACUCUUGAUGUCGACGUAAGAGAUCAUUAUAUAGCUGCCCAGGUAGAACCGCAGCACAAACAUGUGCAGUCGCAGGCAGCAAGCAGCAGUUCUGUAACCUCUCCCAUUAAAAUGAAAAUUCCCAUCGCAAAUACUGACAAACCUGAGAAGUACAUGGCAGACAAAAAAGAAAAGAGUGGAUCACUGAAAUUACGAAUUCCCUUGCCACCCACUGAUAAAGGCACCAGCAAAGAAGAACUCAAGAUGAAGAUAAAAGUUUCAUCCUCAGAAAGACACAGCUCUUCUGAUGAAGGCAGUGGGAAGAGCAAGCAUUCAAGCCCACAUAUUAGCAGAGACCAUAAGGAAAAGCACAAGGAGCACCCUGCAAACCGCCACCACACCAGUAGCCACAAACAUCCCCACUUGCAUAGUGGUGGUGGCAACAGUGGCAGUAAACACAAUGCUGAUGGGAUACCACCCACUGUCUUGAGGAGUCCAGUUGGCCUGAGCAGUGAUGGCAUUUCCUCUAGUUCCAGUUCUUCAAGGAAGAAGCUGCAUAUCAAUGAUGCCUCUCACAACCAUCACUCCAAAAUGAGCAAAAGUUCCAAAAGUUCAGGUAGUUCAUCUAGUUCUUCCUCCUCUGUUAAGCAGUAUAUAUCCUCUCACAACUCUGUUUUUAACCAUCCCUUACCCCCUCCUCCCCCUGUCACAUACCAGGUGGGCUACGGACAUCUCAGCACCCUCGUGAAACUGGACAAGAAGCCAGUGGAGACCAACGGACCUGAUGCCAAUCACGAGUACAGUACAAACAGCCAGCAUAUGGACUACAAAGACACAUUCGACAUGCUGGACUCGCUGUUAAGUGCCCAAGGAAUGAACAUGUAAUCAUUUGUUUAGGUCAAUUUUUCCUUUACUUUUUUUAAUUUAAAAAUUGUUAGAAUGGAAAACUUCCUCCUGAUGUAGCAGUGGUAACACCUGCUGUUUCUGCCACUGCAUCAAUGUUUGUAAGUGCUGCUUUAUUCUUCAUUUUGAAAAGAAGAAAUUAUAGUAAACAAGUCUUUAUCUCCACAUAUGAUAGUGUUAUAAAUACUGUAAAAGCAUGGAAGGUGCAAAACUCAGUAUUUCUACAAUUGCAGCUAAGAACUUUAGGAUGAAUGGCUGGCUGCUUCUAGGAAUAUAAGAUGCCUCAAGCAUUCAUUAUUUAUAAUUUGAAUACUGUAGCUGUUUUUGUUGUUGCUUGGCUUUUGGAUGAGUGAAAAUUGUUUUCUUUUUGUGUAUUUAUACUUGUAUGUAUGAUUUGCAUGUUUCGAUGAAAAAGGGAUAAAACAGUAUACUGAUAACUGUUUACAAGAAAGUGGAGGAAAAUGUACAUACAUUUUUGUAUGUUUAGAUAUUACCAUAAAUACUCAGGAUUGGAGCUGCUUGUAAGUAUAACAAUAUACAGAAUAACUUUAUUUUCUCUUGUCAGAGUCCAUCACUAAUCUGAAACAAAGGUGGCACUUUUUCAUGUUAACCUUAAACUCUAGGCCUUACUGGAAGCCGCUGAAGAGGGACACUUCACUACAAGAUGAGUAUGCAGUGCCACAUGUGGUCUUUUGCACUGUGAGACACUCAGUUUUUGCCUUCAGAGGUUCUGACCAGAUUGGCUGCUGAAAUGGCUUCUAAUUUCUGAAGGCUUGAAGAAGAAAAAAAUAAAGUUUACAUACUCUUGAUGUGAAGUGCAUUUAAAUGUUUGUUGGCUUAUUGCAGUAUAAAACAGCAGUUAAGAAUUAUGUGGAUUUCUGUGAUUUGAAAGUUAAAUUUCACAAAAACUUACAUAGUGAAAAAUUAAGUUUUUCCUUAAAUAACUUUAACACUACAUAUUUUAACAAUAAACAGGGAUCACUUUUCCUUUAGUAUUCAGAAUGAUACCAUAUUCUUAAAUAUUCUCCUCCCCUGAAGCGUGUUUGUGUGUGAUGUCAUACUUCUUUUUCAGGUAAAUGCAGUCUUCCUUAUAAAAAUGAAAUUAAACCUAUGCUCUCUUAAUUCUUUUAUAUUCUAACAAUAAAUGAAAAGAUCACUGAGUGUGCAUUGUACCUGUAUUUAUAGCUUACGUUCCUAUCAGGAAGCUUUAGAAUAAAGAUUAGCCUCCAGGCAAACCUCUAGCAGAGGUUUUACAUUUGUUUGCACAUCUCAGUGUAUUCCUAUUAAGGUAAAGUUUUGCACAGUCAUCUGACUCCUGAUUGAAUGAUAGACUAACUUGUUAAUGUUUUGUUUAAAAUGCCAGUAGUAUGGUUCUUGUCUGUUAGCUAAUCUUGACUUUAUUCUGUGGUAAAUCUUGGAGCUUUUGAGUGUCUUUGAGUUGGGUUGGAUUCAACUUCUGUUUUCAAAGAACUGAAAACUGUCUUAAUUUUCCCGCUGCAAAUGAACUAUUUUUGUUACAAAGCCACUGAUAUGUGCACAAUUGUAACUUUACUCAAAUGUGUUGUGGUUGUAAAUAAUAGAGUUUAAUCUGUGCUCUACUUUUAUUUAGCAGUUAUCAAAGAUAACUAUUAUUUCAUUGAUGUUAUUUGAAGUUGGGAUACUAGGAGCCUCUUUCUAGGGACUUUACCUAGGUAGCAUGUCCUCACAUUUGUUUUUGUCUUGCAUAAUGUUAGUAAUCUUUGUCAUUAUAUGUAACUUUGUUGCUCUGUAUGGCAUAAUAUUGUAUCCAUAAACAUGGUAAUUUUGAUGCAGUUACACUUACAGUGGUACAUGAUCCAAGGACUAGUAUAGAAUUAAGCUGAGGGCAAGAUGAGGGAGGGAAGGGUUGUGUUCUUGGUAAUUUAGAUGUUUUAGAUGUGAAACCUCUGCAGAGCUAUCAUGUGAAACGACAUAGGGUGGUUGUGCUACUGUAUAAUUGGGGAUAAUACCUACCAGGAAUUUUAAUAAGAUUUUGUAAAGAAUAUCCAGAAAAGUAGUGAACUUAUUUUCAGUAUGACAUAGAAGACAAUGUGAAUAUUUAAGGUCUGUGACUAUAGUUAAACUAAGAUUUGAAGAAUUGUUUUGAAAUGUGGGAAUAAAGGUAAUUUUGUUGAAUCUUUAUUGGUGCUAAUGAUGGACAAUUAAAAAGAUAGCUAGUGUAUAUUGUUAUGGAUCAGUACUUAUUAGUACUUCCAAAACUGAAUUUGAAAUGCUAUGUAUUAACUUUUCACUCUGUAAAUGUAAUUCUUUACAAUGACUUUAUUUAUUAAAGGGGAGUCAGUUGUGAUUUUUACAGGAUUGUGUGAGCUAUUGAAACUCUUUAACCUCUGAACAGGAUAUUAAGCUUCCAAAACCACAAAGGGGAUAAAUGUAGAAAUCUUUCUAAGUUUCAUUGACAUUAAACAAAAACCCUUAUAAUUCAUAUUACCAUGAGUUUGCAUAAACCAUCUUACUUACAUAGAAUAGUUCAUUGGCCUGGUCCCAUUGGGCUUUACCAAAGAAAAAGACUCAGAUGAAUGGACAUUACUGUGGGUCUUCUUGUAAGUAGCCAUAAGUAAGCCAAAAUAAUAUCAAACCUAGGUUUGAAAUUCCAUAUGUGCAAAGUACUGUUAAGGUGAUACAUUUUUAUGAGAUUUUUUAAAUAUUUGAAAUAUUAAAAAGCAUUAUCUUUAAACAUCUUAUAAAAGAGUGAUUCAUUUUUAAGUUGCCUUUUUCCUAGAUUGAAGAUUUGUUACCCUUAUGAAGAAGCACAUUGCAAACAAAGGCUUCUACCUCUUUCAGCUGAUUCUCCAAUAUUGAGCUGUGCCCCCUAAAUAUUUGCCUUAGCCACUUUAAAAUGUAAUUUUAGAACCAAAGCAAGAAGUGUUCACAGAAACAUUCUCAGAGCUGUACUUUUCAGAAUAAGUUUAAUAUAUUAACAGUUAAAUACCCAUUAGUGGUUAAGCCCUUGCAGAGUUUUCUAGUGCAGAUUUUUGUACUGAAAAAUCAUAGCAUCUAUACAUUUGUAGCUUCAUCUUCCCUCUGCAAAUUCAUGUAGGUUGUUUGGAGGCAUUUAUAAGUUCUGCCAUGGUGUAGCUACGGUUUCUUAAGGAUUGCCAUGGGGUGGUGCUUAUGUUACUUUGUACUGACAGUUCAUAAUCACUAGGUUACCUGACCUUGUUGGCCUAUCCUCUCUCUGCUUCAGAGAACCAUUGUCAGAGAUUUCUUAGUUACCAAUAUCUUGCCUUAAAAAGUUUUAAGCACAUAUUCUUUUGUAUUUGAUAAUAUAAAUAUUCCUAAACCAACCUUAGAAAUAAACCACUGAGUAUAUAUGCAUGAGUGUCAGCCACAAUAUGCCCACUUGAUUGCUUAGACAUGUUAGGGUUUUCACUCACGGAACUAGGGUUUUAUUUUUAACAUGAUACCACCUGUAAAGAAAAAUAGUCCUGUUCUGCAGCCUUCCCCCCUCCCCUUCGGUAUUGGGGAUUGAACUCAGGGGAUCGUCUGCUUGCCAGGCAGGUAUGUAUGCCACUAACCCAACUCCCGAGGUCUGACAGUCCUAAUCUCACCAUCUCCUUUGAUUGUUUUUUGGUACGGGGAAUAGAACUCAACUGUGGGCUUGCCGUAUAGGUAAUAUGCCACUGAGCUAUAUAUCCCCAGCCCACCAUCUCCAAUUUUGUCUGAACAAAAGAAUAAAGUUUCUCACCUGCCAUUGUGCUUACCUUGCUAGGUGACUGUUUACAUUUUCUUUGCUAGGAAAGAUUUGCAAGCUCUUGAGGAUCCUUGAUUUGAUAUUUCUUGAUUGUGUAAUCUUUCUCAUGGGAAGCAGUGGGAUUCACCAGCCCGUUAGCCAAAUAAAAGGUCAACUAAUCCCAGCCUCUGGAACUACUUGAAUUAACCAAAUUCAAGCCCAUUUAUUUAAGAUAGACUGAUUCAGACAGAUUUUUGCACUGAGAAGCAGUACAUUUUAUCCCCUGUCCAAUAAGGUUACAAGGUUAUAUCAAUAUGUUAAUUUGAAAGUUAACACCUGCAUGAGAAGUCACUGGCAGUUUGUGAUCAGCUGGUAGAGAUGUAAACUAAGAAGUUCAUAUAUAUAUAUAUAUAUAUAUAUAUAUAUAUAUAUAUAUAUAUCCACAUACAUACACACAGGGUUAAACACAGCUACUUCCCCAUCCCUUAAAAAAAAA